AUGGCUGAAGUAGUGAGUGGAAAAGCUUUGGGGUUUGCUGUCGAGGUGAGUUUUGUUUUAGUUAACAUCUGUUCUUUUUUCCUCCCACACAAUAGACAACUUCAGCUUCUCGAUGGAGAAUAUGAAGUUGCAAUGCAAGAAAUGGAAGAGUGUCCCGUUAGUAAGAAAAGAGCAACGUGGGAGACGAUACUUGAUGGAAAGAGGCUGCCUCCAUUUGAAACAUUUUCUCAGGGACCGACACUCCAGUUUACCCUUCGUUGGACAGGGGAUGCAAGCGAUAAACCCACAGCUCCCAUUGCCAAGCCCCUUGCAACACGGAAUUCUGAAAGCCUCCCUCAAGAAAACAAGCCCAAUUCCGUUAAACCUGCCCAGACGAUAGCUGUGAAAGAGUCCUUGCCAUCAGAUCUGCAAACAAGAAAAGAAAGAGAUGUUUCAAAUGAGCCACGGCAGAAACUGAGAAUAUUUUAUCAGUUUCUUUACAACAACAACACAAGGCAGCAGACCGAGGCUAGAGAUGACCUGCAUUGCCCGUGGUGUACACUGAACUGCCGCAAACUUUACAGCUUACUCAAACAUUUGAAGCUUUGUCAUAGCAGAUUUAUUUUCAAUUAUGUAUAUCAUCCAAAAGGUGCUAGGAUAGAUGUUUCUAUCAACGAAUGCUACGAUGGCUCCUACGCAGGGAAUCCUCAGGACAUUCAUCGUCAGCCUGGGUUUGCCUUCAGUCGGAAUGGGCCAGUCAAGCGUACUCCCAUCACGCACAUUCUUGUAUGCCGACCAAAGCGUACAAAAGCCAGCAUGUCAGAAUUUCUGGAAUCAGAAGACGGAGAAGUCGAACAGCAAAGAACGUAUAGCAGUGGACACAAUCGGUUAUACUUCCACAGUGAUACAUGUUUACCUCUCCGCCCACAAGAAAUGGAAGUGGAUAGUGAAGAUGAAAAGGACCCUGAGUGGCUAAGGGAAAAAACUAUUACGCAAAUUGAAGAGUUUUCUGAUGUUAAUGAAGGAGAAAAAGAAGUAAUGAAAUUAUGGAAUCUACAUGUUAUGAAGCACGGGUUUAUUGCUGACAAUCAAAUGAAUCAUGCUUGCAUGCUGUUUGUUGAAAACUAUGGACACACAAUAAUCAAGAAGAACUUAUGUCGAAACUUCAUGCUUCAUCUUGUCAGCAUGCACGACUUUAAUCUGAUCAGCAUAAUGUCAAUAGACAAAGCCGUCACCAAGCUUCGAGAAAUGCAACAGAAGCUAGAAAAGGGAGAAUCUGCUGCUACUCCAACAAUUGAGGAGCUUUAUGAAGAACAAACGGGGACAACCAACGGCUGCAGCGAAACUAACAUUAGGGAGAGAGCUUCAGAAAUGGAUAAUGCAUCAUGCAUGACAAAACAGAGCAGAAAACAGAAAAUCUGAAGGGAGGGAGGAGGAAGGCUGUUCGAUGGACAUGUAUCCAAAUGACAUUGUAAGGAGCAUGAACUCUGUGAAAUUGAAUCAAACACACAGGUUCCUAAUGGGCACUGCUGGAAACAAAGGGUUUCAACAAGGAUAGUGUUAAUAUGGUUCCUAUUGAGUUAAUUAUGCAAGUACUACAUGUAUAUCAGUUCUAGUGAUGUAAUGACAAUACUCAAAGUUUGAGCAUGAAGAGCAAUACAAUUUUUGGGAAUUUUAAUUAUGAACUGUACUGAAUUUACAUAACUUGAGUAUAUGUGAACCAGUUUUUAUAUAAAGAUUUUUGCAUCUGUACUCGGCUGUCUUUCCUACCAUGGAGUUAAAAAGAUGGGGAAGGAUAGGCUAUUGGGACAGUUUAUGCUUUUGUACUUAAAUUCUUCAGGUUAUCUUUUUAUGGGAAAUAAUUCACCAUUCAAAAGUUUAACUUGGAUCUCUCUCUUUUUUCUCUCUUUUUUUAAACUAAUGGGUGUCAAACUACAGCUUGCAGAUUUAAUAACACAUUUUUAAACAUUCAAAUGUAACAUAGCACUUCUUCAUCUCACGCCUAUAUGGAAAAACCUUUGCUUUUUCUCGUCAUUGCAGACAUGGGACAAUACCAUUUGAAUAGCCAGUAGACUAAAUGAGUUUGCAGGUAACUGAUCCAUUCAACAGUAUAGAUCAAACCUUUUUAUCUACUGCAGAACUGUCUAGGACUUUGUUGUGGUUUGCCACGAUGAACCCCUAGAGUCUAUAGCCGACAGUGCUUGGAUCUGUGAUAUUCUGCCCGUGUACAGACUGCAAGUAUGGAGUUGAUUUGAAAUGGCUGGAUGCUACUUUUGAGGGGAAAAUGCACUGUAAAAAUUGGACCAGAAAAUGUGUUGCACUUCUUAAUGCAAGUAUUCUGUGAUGUAUUGCAUUCAAUACAGAUGCUAACUAAGCUUUUGUGCAGUUUUACACUGCUGUUAACACAUUUUGUGCAUUUGUUUACAGAUAUUUUUUUUCUUUUUUCCAAUGGAAAGUAGUUUCACUACUGGUAUACUAUCAGCACCAAGGGUUUAUUCCAGCAAGCACUGUGGUUGAGUGACAUCACCUCAUUUUUUUUAUGAAUAGUUCAUUUUUCAUAUUCUUUAUUUAUAAAGGAUCAAUUAUGUAAAUGCCGGUAUUUCUAAUUUUUUAUUUCAUUCCACACCAUAAGAAGGCAGUUUCCUAUUUUUUUGUUCAUUGCAUUUUGGUUUUUUGUUUCAGUUUGGAGGCGGAGGAAGAAGCUUUCCAAUGUGGGGGUGGGGGGGGGGAUUUGUUUCCCAGAAAUUUAUAAAAACUGUAAAUACUGACUUGGGUCCCUAAAGAUGUGUUUAACUGUGAGACUAUUUAACUAAUGGUGUGGAUGUGAUUUGUCAUCCAGUAUUAAGUUCUUAGUCACUGAUUUUGUGUCAAUAGGAAAGAGGGAAACUGCAGCUUUCGUUAGACUUUUUGAUUUGCCUGCUCUGAGUUGUAGCAAACCCUAAUUACACCUCUGAAUAGCCGAUCAAGCAUUUCUCUUGGGCUUCAAUUUGCUGAAGCUGUGCAUAUAUGUAAAGAAUAUAUUUUAGGGGAGACGGUAGCUCUAGAACUAUUGCUGACAUCUCUUCUUAAGCAGUUGCGCUGUUAAUGCUUAAAAGGAGCCUGGCACUGUUUGCACAAAAAGUUGGUGACCCCCCCCCC